AUGACGCCCGAAGCAGCGAAUGACGCACUCAACAUCACGCUGGCAACGUUGCAAUCGCUCAUCAAGUGUUGCAUCCAUUUGAAGCAGGGCGAUCAGGAAGCACUGAAGUUAUCGGAUGAAAUUGCUAGACGCGUGGCAAAAGACUUGAAGCUUUAUGGGGGAAGUGCUACAUCAUUUUCCCCCCAGCUCCUGUCCUGUGCAGCCGUUGUGCGACAAUACUCCAAGGGUGGCGCCUUUGAAACUUUACCCGACUGGAACUCUGUGGUCGACGAUGAUCCACGCAUCAAGACCCACCCACGCUUCCACAAGACGUUGGACUACCGUCCUCUCGCUGCAGUUGGAACUCUUCCCAUAUUGGAGUCUCAAGCUACCGGGUCGUCAUCUAUUCCGUGGGUCCUGUCACGAAACAAGCUCCCUGCAGUGGAAGUAGAUUCGACUCCGCUGUCCCCGUUGCCGACAUCUCUGGAGCUGGAACCUCUGACUCCUCUGGCUCCAUCAGUCGCUUCUGCUGCACCUUCAACAACUCGGCACAAGCUCUUUGUGCCAGGCAAUAUAUCGAAAAAGGUCAAGAUUAUUCCGCACCCUAGGAAUGACAAGAAGAGAAAGGCGGAAGAAGACGAUACCGACUCGGCAGAUGCUCCCAGGUGCCCGACCCGAUCACACAAACCGAAUUUGAAGAAAAUCAAGAAGUUACCAUCGCGUGAUAGGCAAAAUAAACUACGCAAAACCAGGAGUGGAACUACAAAGGCAGGUCUACUCACCGAAUCAUCGUGGUCAGCGGUAUCUCAACAUAUAUUGGACCCGGAAGCUCAGGAUGCCAUGGACACCGACUCUGACAAUAGCUUCUGGGACGCAGACACUAGGCCUAAUGAUUGGGGUCUGGAUUCAACGAUUGCUACAGCAGUGGAGCAUUCCAUUCGCUACCAUCCGCGGAAAUGUGACAAAUGCAAGAAAUCAGGCAAACCUUGCAUUGUUCUGCCGGACAAAAAAGUCGGAUGCAUACGACUCGUUUGCACGAAUUGCGACAGGACAAAGGUGACUUGCGCAAUCGAUGGAAUGGGGGUCCGGGACAGGUUGCAGGCUCAAGCCAAAGCAACGGCGGUGACACAAGCCGCCGAUCGUCCCAAGCGCUCCAGGUCGCGCGUCCCCAAGGCCCGAGCCGUCAGCGAGAUGUUGAAAAAGGACCCACCGGCACCAUUGACCAUGCCAGCCGUGCCUUUAUCCACCCCUGUUGUGAAAGAAAUUGACGAACGUGGUAAUGUUGAGAAACAACCGAUAAAUUUGACAGUGACUCCUGUGGAAGAGACGCUGGUCUCACUCAUUGCCAAACCCGGGCAGACCAGCCAAUCGGAGCAAGUCCACCCUAUGGGAGUCGAUCAUCCAGCGGAACAAGAGCCAACCGCAAAAGACAUUCUGCAGGCCAUCCGGGACCUUGGGAGCAAGUUUGACCUCCUUGCCACCAAUGAGAGGGUGGAUGCAUUGGAUGCCAAGGUCAAUUCGGUGGAGGAAGUCUUUGGCCAUCGGCUGGCAACUUUAGAGCGACUCAUAAAUUCAUCCGAUGCACAAUGGAAGGCCAUGUCAUCGUCGGUCGGGCAUUUGUCAAAUUGUCUCCGGGACCACAAAGACGACCUGGAAGCCCAUCGACCUCGUGUAAACACCACGGCCUAUGCUCCUCCACAGCACCCGACCGCUCAACUUCCGGGGUGGCUCCAUGGCGCCGGGGGUGUUGAUGAUGUGGGCAUCUCUACGGUCGGCAGACAGUGGACGCAUGCAUGGGACCCAUCUGUAGCGACUGGUGUGCAAGGCUGCCUCGAAACAUCCGCAUCGGCUGCACGGACAGGUUAUCAUCAUGAUACCCCUGUUAUUCGCGCAAAUUCAAUCAAAUCAUCCCGAUUGUCCAGCACGCCGUCAGCAAUGUCCGAUAAGUAG